AAGAGAAGAAGAGAAUCCGCUGGUCGCAGCCUUGUGACGAACAAAGUAUGGCAGACGUUGUGCUGGGGAAGCAUUGAAACCGUCUGGAUUUACAAGCAUUUCACAGCUUUUACUAAAUUGUAGAUAGCCACAAUAACAAGCGUGUCUUAUAUCUUAAGUGCUUUGGGUAUUGUAUCAAAAUUUCAGAAAAAAAUGGAAGCUAACAAAGGAUAAAGCUCCAGGACUCCAAGUAUUGAACGUUGAUUUUUCUAUUCGUUAUCCAAGUGUCCCGUCAUGGCAUCAGAGGAUGAAAUCAACCUGCUGGUCAUUGUCGUUGAUGUAAAUCCAGUCUGGUGGGGACAGCAAGCGCAACGUGAACCAGGGUUCACUCUGUCAAAGUGUGUGGAUGCAGUCAUGGUGAUGGGAAACUCUCACAUGGCCAUGGCCAGGACCAACAAGCUGGCUGUCAUUGCCAGCCACUGUCAGGACAGUCACUUCUUGUUUCCCAGUAAGAGCUGGAGUAGUGGGGACAGUGGUGGGGAGGAUGCAUCCUCCAGUGGGGACGGAAAAUAUGAACUCCUGUCAGUCGCUAAUAACCUUAUCACUGAAGAAAUCAGGAACGUGAUGACAAAAACUGAAGUGAUGGGAAACUCAACAGACACUCUGCUGGCUGGAUCUCUCGCCAAAGCUCUCUGCUAUAUUCACAGGGUCUCAAAAGAGCUGGAAGUUGGACAGGAGAUAAAGUCAAGAAUAUUGGUGAUAAAAGCAGCCGAUGACUGUGCCCGGCAGUACAUGAACUUCAUGAAUGUCAUUUUUGCUGCACAGAAACAGAAUAUCCUGAUUGAUGCCUGCGUGUUGGACUCAGACUCAGGUCUCCUUCAGCAGGCGUGUGAUAUAACAGGUGGAUUGUACCUCAAGAUACCACAGAAAAUUGCCCUGGCACAGUAUCUUCUGUGGGUGUUCCUGCCAGACUCGGAGCAGCGCUCACAGCUGGUGUUGCCUCCGCCUGCUCAUGUGGACUACAGAGCCGCGUGUUUCUGCCACCGUAACCUCAUCGAGAUCGGUUAUGUGUGCUCAGUUUGUCUGUCGAUAUUCUGCAACUUCAGCCCGAUCUGUACAACCUGCGAGACUGCCUUUAAAAUCCAGCUUCCACAGAUAGUGAAGCCCAAGAAGAAGAAACUGAAGACCAUGUGAUGUUUGCUGAGAUCACACAGAUGUAGAGUUAAUCCUUAGUUUCUAUUUUGAUACAUAGAUUAUUCCAUGUUGUCUUGCAGAGAUUUGAAUCAAAAUAAAGUAACACCCUUUCAAUUCA